AAGUACAAUCCUUUUUCAAUUGUUUACCUACAGUUUUAUGUUUGUUUAGUUUGUGCUCCAAUUUUGUGUGAUAUUUUUAUCGGAAUUCGGCAAAGAUUUUGUGAUUUUACAUCCAUGUACAAUGCACCGGAAUCAGCAGAACUUGAAUUAUUAUGGAGCAACACAAAUCAAAGAGUUCGGAAUGUUCCUCGAAAACUACGACGUUGUACUACGAAGACUUUCAUCCGCCGUAGAUGGCGACGAGCAAUCAGCCCAAACGAUAUCGGUCCAGCUGGAUUCAUCUAAGGAAAGUCUCAGCAGCGUUCAGCUGAUCGACACCGACAACAAAAUUCUUAACAAGAUCCUGUAUUCGUUCAGUGCCCUAUGCCAUGAAGUGGAUCAGUUGAAGGAGGAAUUUGAGCUGAUCAUCCGGGAGUUUCUCUGCUUCGAUGAAUCGCUGGAUGAUAGUACGGAUCAGCUGCGGGAGGACAGCACUGUGUCGGUGGACAAAUCAUCUCUGCUGGCCAUUAGCGGGAAAAUCGAACUCCUGGCCAGGAUUAAAUGCUACUUCGAGCGAAUCGUAGAGGUGGCCGUGGUUAUCGUGUUGCAGCUAGGUGCGCUUUUCGAUCCAUCGAAUAAGCUGGGAAAUUUCAAUUAUACCAAUUGGGAAAUGGAUCUUAUGUUCAACUACCUGUCUGAACUUAUGUAUAUGCCGUUAUUGUUUGACUGUGUCCUCGGAAGUUCAGUCUUCAAAACGUACUGGAAGUUUUAUGUGAAACAAAUGCGAGCACUAAGAAUGAAUCCAAAGAAAAUGACAAAACCGGUCGAAACGGAUCAAAUCUACGAUUUGAACAAAGCUAUCGAUGAUGUUUCGGUGUGGCUCGACGAGAAUGCUUAUAAGCGUAUUUUGGAGGCCAUGUUCAACGCAAAACAGAAGCUGGUCCUUGAGUCGGCAACGAUACUUUCGGAGAAGUUUUUGAAAUACCUUCGACAACGAUUGGUUGAAGUUGGUAGCUACAGCGCGCAUCUGUCCAGCAUUGAUGAAACUACUAACGUAGUUAAGCUGAAUGCCAUGGUUAACUUGUAUCACUAUAUUUUUGUGAGCAUUGACAACAAAGUGAUUAAAAAUUUGAUGGAAAUCAAUGAUAAGUUUUGUGCUGUUCCAUUGUUUGGGAAGGUAAUGUGGAUUCCGGAUGAUUUUUUCCGAAAGUAUGGUCACAAAUCCAUACGCGAUUGCGAUCGUAAUGAUUAUCGCAAAGCACGAGAGGCCGCUCUCACCUACCGAAAGAAAAGCAUGGUUAAGGAGUUACUCGUGUAUUGCAUCCAGAUAACGAGCUGGCUGGUUCGAACCACCGCGGCCUUCAAAACAACAAAGCAUGACACAACGUUGGACAGUUUGCGUCAGAAAUGCGGACUAAUUUUUGAGGGUGUUCACUACGCGCAGGAAAUCAGCUUUCUUGUGCAAUCGAUAACCUCUUUGCAUCUGCUGAUGCACGAAUCCAUCAGUCAGCAGAUGUUUCAUGCGGUGGGAAAGCUUCUGGAGUAUCUGCAAGUUGUUCAGAAUUUUUUCGACAGUUAUCAGCGAGCCAUCGCGGAGAACAACCAGUUUAUAAUCCAGCAUUUGCAGCAUAAAGUUUUUGUUAUUGUAGCGCAUUCCAAGAAAAAGUUAAUAGCCGACGCCAAGCAGGCAAAGCUCAAAAAGAGUGAAAUAUUCAUCGAUAAACUUUCGGCCUUCCACGUGAUCGAACGCUGCAUGAGUGGACCUGCCAAUCGCACUCGUCUAACUAUUGCCCGUUUGGCAAUUUCCAUAAGCGAUCCACGUUUAACUUUCUCUCCAGAAAGCUACGAAAAAAUGCGUAUUCUCCUCGAUCAACUCGACACUCUGGCAAAUCUGCAAACUAAAUUGAAACAUCUCAGCGAUACGCAAUUCCUCUACUGGCAUCAGACAUUCAUUUCGCUAUACAUUUCGGAUUUCUACGAUCAGAGUACAGCUCAAAACAACUUGAAAUACUUGCUGCAAUCCGCUUCGGGCUGCAGUGAUUCAGUAGCUAAGGUCGCUUCCAACGAUUGCAUGCAAAAAGCGGUAACAACACUGGCAAAAAAUCAUCGAAAAUCUUUUCAAGAGAAACUGCUUUGUCAAAUCAGUAACCACAUUGAAUCGUACAUCCGCUUGGACUACUACGGCAAGACUGCCCAGAUUGAGCCUUACAAUCCUUUCACCGACACUACUAUGGCCCUGAGUAAGAUCUACUCCCUAGUAAGAAUGGAGCCCAUUCUCGUCGGUGGUCAGUAUUUCAGUGUGAAGGAACACGUCGAACGUUACCUAAGCAAUACGUACUACACGUUGGCCUCAAUCUCGCAGCACGAUUGGAAGAUCUACAAAGAGAUGCGUUGCCAUGCGACCACUUUCGGGAUCGACACCAUCGAGGAUCAGCUGCCAAAACAAACGCUCGAACAGGGGUUGGAUGUGCUGGAGAUUAUGCAUAACAUCGAACACUUUGUCAGCCAUUACGUGUACAACAUGAACUUCCAAAUCUUCAUCGAGCAGUCGAGUAACAACAACUUCCUUAAUACGGUUAACAUUGGGCAUAUUGCCAACUCGUUGCGGCGUCACGGAAAUGGCAUCAUCAAUACAACGGUGAACUACACAUUCCAAUUUCUGCGCCAAAAGUUCUUUGCAUUCUCGCACUUCUUGUACGAUGAGCAAAUCAAAGCCCGAUUAACGAGUGAUGCUAAAUAUUUCCUGGAGAACGCUGAGGCAUUGAACCAAACGUAUGACUACAAUCGAGCGCAUGCAUUUAAUCGCAAAAUAAAAAAUCUCGGUCUAUCGGAAGCGGGAGAAACCUACAUGGAUUUAUUCAGGAAGUUGAUUUGUCACAUUGGUAACGCCAUGGGAUACGUUCGAAUGAUACGCUCGGGAGCCUUACACGAAUGUACGGAGGCAACGGUUUAUUUACCGCUUAUAGAUGGGGAUUUGAAUUUUUCCAGCUAUUGCAAGGAUGAAUUUCUCCAUGAGAUGACCAUCUCGGCAGCCGAGAUCUUGGAAAGUGAUAUCAAUAAUUUGUAUAAAAACUAUCGAGUUGAUACCAACUAUUUUCGCUUGCUGGUGAAUGCCUUCCUAUCGUUACGUCAUGCGGAGAACAUACAUUUGCAAAACUUUUACAUGAUUGUUCCGCCGCUAACGAUUAACUUUGUGGAAUAUAUUCUGAAGGCAAAAGAAAAAAUAACAAAAAAGGAUAAAGUGGGUGCCUUAUUUACUGACGAUGGAUUUGCCAUGGGAAUUGCAUACAUUCUCAAGUUGCUGGACCAAACCGCGAAGUUUAACUCUCUGCAUUGGUUCCGUUCAGUAAAGAAUAAGUAUAACCACGAAAUCGAAAAACUAGAAAAGCAACAACAGCAGUUCGUAAAAACGGCCGAUGGCGAUAAGCUGAUGCAAACGUUCGCUCUGACACGGAGGCGGCUGAAAAUGGUCCAGCAGGAAUUCGAUCUUCUGUUUUGCAAUUUGAGCAGUGCGAAAAUUUUCUUCAACGAUGCCGUCGAUUAACGGAAAGUGAGUAUCAAUCUACGUACUGUAGUAGGUAAGAUAAUGUUAUGAUAAUCCGAAAUGAACGUUUAUUACAAAUGGAACUGAUCGAUAACACAA